CCUCCCGUCCCUGCCCCCCCCCGUCAUCUAUCAUCACAACCACCAGGUCGUCGGCCAUCAUCGCCCCUCAUCACCAUCAUUACCAUAUCCCCAUCAGCAACGACAACGACGACAACAAACAUCUUAUAGCAACUGCCCUACCUACCUGGGACUUCCUCUGUGCGCAUACGUGUUGCGCUUGCGGUCUGGUUCAGCUGAGAAAUGCAAGCUGCUCCUUUCUGCACGCCUCGAAACCCAGCAGCAAAUGGUUUGGAGAAGUUUUUUAAACCUUGAGAUACCCUAUGUCCGACCGAUUAACAAGCUCAUAACCCGAUUCGAUACUUUCUCCCCAGACCAACGCCAUUAGACGAAAAAUCCGAGCUAGGCUAGACCACAUCCGACCUGGACGGCCAAAUAAUCCGGUCAAUCCGCAAUUUGCAUCCCACUUGCUUUUCAACCCCGCCGCAUGCCCGCCCCCCCCCGAACUCGCAUACAAUUGUCAAAACAGCUACCCCAAUCGUGUCCGGUGUCAGUGCCCCUCACCGCUGGCGCCACAACAUACUCAUAACAUUCGCCCAACAUGUUCUGGCGGUUCGGCGGCUACGCUGUUGCCAGCACAAUAGAAAACAUCCUCGACCGCGGCGACUUUGCCCUUGAGGAGCUUCUCGAUGAGAGCGACUUGAUCCAGGAGCUCAAGCAACACAAUGCGAAGCUGGUCGAGUAUCUUCGUGACCAGGAUGUCCUCAAGAGGUUGCUAGAAUACGUUGUCGCGCCCAAGCUGGAGCCCGUGGCGGCUGCUGAAAACGAGGACGACGCGGAAGACGAAAACCAGAAGGGUAUUUCCCUACCCUUCACUCGACCCCGCGCCUCAUCGCGGGCCACCGAUGCGAGCAAUGAUGACAGCGCCGUCGAAAAGAAACGGAACCGCUAUGCCUUCGUCGCGGCCGAGAUUCUGUCGUCAGACAAUUGGUCAAUAUUCGAGGCUCUUAUGGAGAGCAAAGACCUGCUGCGCGAGUUCUGGCAAUUCCUGAAGCGCCCUGCCCCGCUCGACCCCCUCCAGGCCAGUUACUUUACCAAGGUCAAUGAGUCCUUGUUUGACAGGAAGACCGAGGAAAUGAUCGAUCUUCUCAAGUCUCUCGAUAAUGCGGUUCCCGAUAUGCUCAAGCACGUCGACUGCCCCAUGGUUAUGGAUUUGCUGCUGAGAAUCAUCAGCUUGGAAAGAACCGAGGCUGGGCAUGGUAUAGUCGAGUGGCUCUAUACCCAGGAUGUAAUGCCCUCUCUGCUUUCUUUCCUCGGCCCAGAACAUGGCUGGGCAACCCAGACAUCCGCCGCCGAUUUCAUCAAGGCCAUCAUUACUGUCUCCGCCAAUGCCUCGCAAAAUGAACAGACCUGCAUCGGACCGAACGAGCUCACACGACAGCUUGUCUCGAGACCCUGCGUGGAGCAGUUGAUCAAUUACAUGCUUGGUGGCGGCAACCCCCUCACGUGUGGUGUGGGCAUUGUCAUCGAAGUCAUUAGAAAGAACAACUCCGAUUACGACCCAGAGGCAACCGAGCCCAACUCGACCCCCUCGGCCCGCGACCCGAUCUACCUUGGAACCUUGCUUCGCAUGUUUGCCGACCAUAUUCCGGAUUUUAUGAGGCUCAUCAUGAACGCCCCAGCGCAAAAGGAACGCUUCACUUCCACGUUUGGUGAUCAUAUCGAGCCGCUGGGCUUCGACAGGUUCAAGACAUGUGAGCUGAUGGCUGAGCUGCUCCACUGCAGCAACAUGGGCUUGCUGAAUGAGGUAGGCGCCGAAGAAGUCAUUGCGCAGCGUGAUGCUCAGCGACAGUUGCUGCGCGCGCAAGGCCAGCUCGUGCCUGUUCGGGAGCAGGAACCUCCAUCCGCGGCGGAAGAUAUCACAAUGCGCGCGGCGCACUCUUCCCCAGCGGAUACCGGCAGAAAGCUGGGGGUCACCAAUACAUCGGUAGAUGAUGAUGGCUUUGAGGAGGUCACCCAUACCACCGAUGAGGACAUCACGCACGGCAUCGAGGAGCUUCCUGAAGGUUCAUUGCCAGGCCCGACAUCGUCGUUCCUGGAUAAGGACGAGGAUGACUUUGUUGACGAGCCGCUGAGCUCUCCAAGGCUGCGUGUUCGCGACCACCAUAAUCCCAUGGAGGAUACAGCACCCAUCAAGUUCGACGACCCGAACCUGGUGGUGGCGCCUUUGUCCCCUACCAAGAAGGCAUCCGUGCCAAUUAGGACAGCGUCAGCUCCUGAAGGGCAAAACGAUGAUGGCAACAAGACAGAAGAAACCACCGCCAACAAAGAAGGAAGUGAUUCGGACCUCAAGCCGUCCGAGGAUGCUCAAUUGGAACUUCGCGGCGUCUCGGACAAACCCGUAGCCCCAGAAGAGAUGUCUCCCCACCCGGACGAUACUCCUGCGCCGCUCUUUUCGACAUCCCCCCGAACAACAGACCUCUCGGAGCCUAGCCAGGACACCAUAUCAAAGGAGGAGCAGGCGGAGACCAGUCAGAUGUCUACCGGUGGAGAACAAAGUGACCCCGAUGCCACCAUCGCCCACGACGCUUCUGAGGCCGACAAAAAGCAUGAGCCUGUUGUUGGCGACUACCUUAAGAUGCAGUUUGUCGAAUACAAGGUUGUCCCCACGAUUUUGAGCUUCUUCUUCUCUUAUCCGUGGAACAACUUCCUGCACAACGUGGUUUACGACAUUGUGCAGCAAGUGUUUAACGGUCCUAUGAAGGACAGCUAUAACCAUAAGCUGGCUAUCAGCCUCUUUGAGACGGCCGACAUCACCAACCAAAUCAUUGGUGGACAACUCACCAGCGAGAAAUCUGAGAACGAGAGAAAGACCCGUAUGGGAUACAUGGGGCACUUGACGCUCAUUGCUGAAGAGGUGGUCAAGUUUACGGAGCGCCACGAAACCGACGUUCUCACAGAAAGCAUUUUGGAGAAGGUCAUGGCGCGGGAUUGGAUCGAAUACGUGGAAGGCCCACUUAGCGCUACGCGAACACGCGAUAAUGCCGUGCUCGGGGGUGUACGACCAGAGAGUCUGAUGGGCCGUUCUGGCUCCGGGAUGUCUGGCGUAGGACUCUCCGCUCUUGGAUCUCUUGGUCUGAGUGGCGGUUCCAACGCCCUUGCUGAGGCAGGGUUGAAUGGAGGACAGGAUGUUGCGGACAGUUCGGGUGGAAAUGGAAUCGGGCCGUUUGCCAUCAGCGCCGGUACUCUUAUGAGCGGGUUUGGUAGUUCGAGCGAUGAGGACGAGGACGAGGAACAGGACAACGAGGAGGAUGUUAACAAUGAGUUCCGUGCUUAUACCGAUCCCCUCAACGCCAACCUCUCAAACUCGAUGAAUCCACCUUCGAUUCCACCGCCCCCGCCACCACCUCCCCCGCUUAACAUUCCUCCUUCUCGUGCGCGUCUCCAACUUGCUGCCAGGCUAGCUAUGAACAAGCGCAACGCUGAAGCUGCAGCGAAUGGCGGGCAAGAGGGCGGCUCGGCUCAGGCCGACAAUUCCACCGGUUCUGGUACAUUCAGCCUCCCAGAUGAGUCAGCCAGCGAUAGCCUCCGGAAUCCCUUUGAGGAUGAAGAGGACGAGGAUGAGGACAACGAUGGCAAUGGGUCUGGUAGCGAUGAUGGAGAGUUGGAUAACACAGCCCAUAACGGCUUGGGAGGUAGUACGUGGAAUCGUGGGUCCUGGUGGCGCGGUAUGGUUCCCGGUGGACAGAAGAACAAGAGCAGCGGUGAUAGCCAGGACGCAGAACGAUUCGGGGAUGGGCGCGACAGCGAAUCUGAUGAUGGGGCUGACGGAGAUGAAGUGGUGGAUGAUAUCGACGACGAAGAGUUUGGAGACUUUGCCAUGCCUGAGGUUGAAGGCAACGCCCAAGAUUCGGAGCAGUCGCCUACUUCGGGCCGUACGGUCUCUGGCAUCGACCCUGCGCGGGAGAAGAUCCUGGUCAAGCCGCUCCCAGUCCAUCCGAGCAAAAGCGGCAGUCCGUUUGGUAAUCUGUGGCCUUUCUCUACUCCUGGAUUCGGCAAGAAGGAUGAGAGGGAGGUUACGACGUCUUCGACGGGCGAACAGGGCUCCGAAAGGCAGAAGGAAAAUGCUAGCCCUAGAAGCGGUGUUCCUAUCACAGAGGAGCCCAAGGAACUGGAUGCUGUAAUGGAGGAUCUGGUUAUCGGCGAGGACGGCAAGAAGAUCAACCGCGCGGUUGAGGCGAAGAGGAGGACAAGUAUUGAGGAUCCGGAUGACGACGAGGCGGAGGAAAUCUUUGUCAGCAGGCCAACCGGAGCACGCUGAUCCACACCAUACCCCUGGAGAUGAUAUAUAUGUCGCUUGGUUCUUGUUGGUUGGUGGUAGAGGUAGUUGAGAUACAGAUACACACAAGACGGUCACUGUCAUGAUCGGAACGAUGACGAUGGGCGGGUGGAGGUAAACCGGUGCCGGAUCCCUUACUUGUUUUUAAGUUUGUAUUUCUAGCAUUCAGACCCACCGAAGCAACUUCUUUGCAGUCGCUAGGGUUCUCUCUUUGCGGUCAUAUCGUCCUUCUUCCAUUAUUUCUUCCUCUAAUGAAUCGCGUCGGCCGAGAGCUCACGUAUACCAAGUAGGCGUCGGAAUCUCCCCCAACAGCAUCCAUCUUCCAACCUCCCUCCGCUUAUACGCGAUCGGAUCAUGCAGCGUAUGCGUCCUCAAGUCCCGCCAGAAUCGAUCCAAGCCGACCUUACUCGCCGUCGCCCUUGACCCCGUCACCUCAAAUACAUCAGUUGUCACCUUAAGGCCGACGUCCGUCACCACAAUCUUUGCAGCCGCAAUCAGCUCGCUUAUCUCACCUCUUUGCAGCGCCGUCACCUCCCCCCGGUUAUCUCUGGUAUGAUUACCAGCAUAAGCAGCAAAAAGACCAGAAAGCCGCUCAUUGGCCUGAUCAACCAGCGCCGUGGCCGCCAACAAAUGGGCGUGGUGCGUACCGUACGUGGACAAAAUAUAAAACUCAUCUGUUGCCUUCUCGGCGGGAGCAACGGUUUCGCGCUCGCCGCCUGAAAGGUACGGCCAUGGCCGUGUGCUCUUGCGCGUGUAAGCAGCUGCUCGGUCCAAAGCCGCGAGCGCGAUGCCGAGGUAGAAGUUGGUGAAGACCAGUUGGAUAGUGGGAAGCAACAAAGUGGCAAAGGGGACGCCUAGGAUGUCUGGCAGGGGUUGUUUGGUGGAAGCAUCCCAGCCCAACGCGUCCUCCCAGGAGACGACAACGUUGGAGAUCUGCGCUGAGCCCGAUUCGGUCAACCGGAGACCGAUGGCGUCCCAGUUGAAGGAAAAGGUGAUGCCGGGGUCGGUGGUGGGUACGUAGGCGAAGAUGUGUGCGCCGCCAGACUCGGGGAAAGAGGAGGAAGAGAGAGAGCCUUCAAGCACGAUCAGAUCCGAGACGGCCGCGCCGGUGGUGAAGUGUUUGGAGCCGUUAAAGAUGAUUUUGGCCGAGUUGUUCGGGUCGGCGGUGAUGACGAGGUCGCUGUCGCGCGGGUUGACGGCACCGCCGACGAAGAGGUUUUGUGACGUGAUGAGUGCAGUCCAUUUGGUGAUUUGGGAGGGGGUGCCAAGGAUGGAAGAGGAAAAAGCCCAGAGGAGGUGAUAUCCUAGCAGCAUGCCGAUUGAGCUUUUUGAGGUGUCAGUCUGUCAGCAUACGCCCUCGAUGGCUGCUGUUGAUGGUGGUAAGGUGGUGAACUCGGGGCAUUCUACUUACCCAUCACCCUUGGCGACUUCCCGAAUCGCCUGGUAAGCCACGCUCCAUGGCUGUUCACCGCCGCCGUACUCCUUUGGACCAAGGAUUUUGAGUAGGCCGGAGUGUUUGAGGAGAGCCACUUCGGCACGGGGAGUCCUGUUGGCUUUCUCACGGGCGGCGGCGUCGGGGGCAAGAACUGCGGCCACAUCUUUUGCGCGUUGGACCCAACCUGCCGAGUCGGAGGGGAGCGUUGACCAUUUAGACUCGUAAUCUUGGUAGAUGGACGGGUCGCUGCUUGAAUGGGCGGUGUCCUGGUUGUUUUGGGAGGAAGCCAUGGUGUUGAUGAUGAUGUUAUGGUUGUGAGAUGGGACAAGUUGAAGGGGUCACCAGACAAAG